CCGGAACAUCGCUACAGUCGACGAGUACAUAGCUAUAUUCGACCCACAUAUUCAAGACAAGGCGAGGCAGUCAUCUUACAGCAAGUACGGACUGAGCAGAAGAGAUCACUACACAAUACUUACCGAGGUCAACAUGGAGCUGCUCAGCUCCGGAAGCGUUGAUUCGGCGACUGACGUCAUGCUAUUCAGAGUGUACCUAGGUAGUCGAGCCCGGUAACUGCGUGGAGAUAAUUGACAAGUUUGAAAGUUGUUAACACUCAGGCCUUAAGACGAUUGCAAUACUGGUCCCAAGUCACAGGAAAUACAACAACAGCAAUUCCAGCAACAUGGUCCUAACUGUCCAUCACCUCGGCAUCUCACAGAGCGAGCGCAUCCUCUUUCUCUGUGAGGAGCUCGCAAUCGACUAUGAAAUUGUGCACCACACCCGCGCGCCAAUUGCAGCGCCCGAGUCUCUGAAAAACGUGCCUGGUAACUCCACUGGCAAAGCACCGUUCAUUGAAGACUCCGAGGCCGGCAUCACACUGUCAGAAAGCGCGGCGAUAUGCGACUACAUCCUCGCGAAGAACGCGGCCGGAGAGCUUGGGAGCCAAAACCUCGAAAAGAAACUGGCAAAAUCAUAUGGUGAGCCGGGAUAUGCCGACUUCAUCUACUGGUAUCACUUCUCGAAUGGCACCUUGCAAGCGCUCAUGAACCGCUUCACCUUCUUCGAAAUCGGCCAGAUUCCCCAGGGCAACGCAGCGCAGAAGUUCUCGAUGGCCGGGCUGCAGGAUACCCUCAAGGUUAUGGAUGAGUGGCUCAAAGAUCAUACGUGGCUGGCUGGAGACGACUUCACCGUUGCGGAUAUCAUGACUGUCUAUUCUCUCACGUCGAAACGAUACUUUGGCCCGCUCGUGAGCUUCAAGGACUACCCCAAUAUUGUAAGGUACUUGAAAGACAUUGGGGACAGACCUGCGUAUCAGAGAGCUAUGGAGAAAGGAGACCCUGAGAUGAAGUUGCUCUUGGGCGCUGAGCCGCCAGAGAAGACCUUGAUCCAGGCCGGUGGAGUGAAGUCUGACUUCUGGAAGAAGAAGAGUCACAUUUAGAUGGAAGUCUAAUUUCAUGUUACGGUUCAGAGAAAAGAAGAGAGUAAUUUUCUGUGCA